GGAGGCGCGGGCCGCGCGGCGGGAGGAGCGCGCGCCGGGGGCGGGGUGCGGGCGGAAGUCGGCGUCUGCGGAAAGGAGAAAGGAGAGGGAGACGCGGCUGGGCGCGGCGGCGAGGCUGGGAGCCCCGCAGGAGGGCGCCGCCUCCUCCCCCGCCCUCUGUGCCGAGGAUGGAAGUGACGAAAGCAGCCGCGGAGGUCACUUCCUGCUGGGGUGGAUGAGGAGGAGCCGGAGACGCCGCGGAGGAGACCGGACCGAAGACCGACCGUGCCGGGGAGAGCAGGACGGUGAAAAUGAAAGCAGGCUGUAGCAUCGUGGAAAAGCCAGAGGGAGGUGGAGGGUAUCAGUUUCCUGACUGGGCCUAUAAAACAGAGUCCUCCCCCGGCUCCCGGCAGAUCCAGCUGUGGCACUUCAUCCUAGAGCUGCUGCAGAAGGAAGAGUUCCGCCAUGUCAUCGCCUGGCAGCAGGGAGAGUACGGGGAAUUUGUCAUCAAGGAUCCAGAUGAGGUGGCCCGCCUCUGGGGCCGCAGGAAGUGCAAACCACAGAUGAAUUAUGACAAGUUAAGCCGGGCCCUCAGAUACUACUACAACAAGAGGAUCCUUCAUAAAACAAAAGGGAAAAGAUUUACUUAUAAAUUUAACUUCAACAAGCUGGUGAUGCCCAACUACCCAUUCAUCAACAUUCGCUCAAGUGGUGUGGUUCCCCAGAGUGCGCCACCAGUGCCAACCGCCUCUUCCCGUUUCCAUUUUCCACCUCUGGACACCCAUUCUCCAACUGGUGAUGUGCAGCCAGGCCGGUUCUCUGCUGCCUCCCUGACUGCUUCUGGCCAGGAGUCAAGUAAUGGUGCUGACAGAAAAACGGAGCUUUCAGAGCUGGAGGAAGGCUCGGCCGCUGACUGGCGCCGCAAUGUGGAUCUCAUGUCCUCCCGGAAUGCUGUUGGUGGUGGAGGGAUUGGCCAUCAGAAGCGCAAACCUGACAUAAUGCUCCCUCUGUUCACUCGGCCAGGGAUGUACCCUGACCCCCACAGUCCCUUUGCUGUCUCGCCAAUCCCUGGCCGAGGAGGGGUCCUUAAUGUCCCCAUUUCACCAGCCCUCUCCCUGACUCCCACCAUCUUCUCCUAUAGCCCAUCACCAGGCCUGAGCCCCUUCACCAGCAGCAGUUGCUUCUCUUUCAACCCUGAGGAAAUGAAACACUACCUUCAUUCUCAAGCCUGCUCUGUGUUCAACUACCAUCUGAGUCCCCGGACAUUUCCCCGGUAUCCAGGGCUUAUGGUCCCACCACUGCAGUGCCAAAUGCACCCUGAGGAGUCGGCCCAGUUCUCUAUCAAGUUGCAGCCCCCGCCAGUUGGACGGAAAAAUCGAGAGAGGAUAGAGAGCAGUGAGGAGUCUUCACCUGUCACUGUCCCCACCAUGGCUCCUGGCCCCCCAAGAAUUAAGGUGGAACCAGCCCCUGAAAAGGAUCCCGAGAGUCUUGGGCAGUUGACACAAGAGAAGGAGGCACACUCCCAGGAAGAGGGCACUGUGCCGAGCAGGACCGUAGAAGAGGGAAAAGGCACCGUCUUUGCCCGCCCAGCUGCACCACCUGCCUGGUCCUCAGUGCCCACUAGCACCCCAAGUGAAGAACCUCUAGAGGUGACUGAAGACAAUGAGGACAGACCUGGCAGAGAACCCAACGCACCUGAGAAGAAGGAAGAUGCCCUGAUGCCCCCCAAGCUUCGGUUGAAGCGGCGCUGGAAUGACAACCCUGAAGCCCAAGAGCUGAGUAAGAAUGGCAAGUUCCUCUGGAGCGGGCCCGGACCCCGGGGCCUGGCCACAGCAGCUGCGGAUGCCUAGAACUGGAAGUGGAUUGGGAGCUGUUUAUACUAUAAUCAAAUACAUACAUGUAUUUAUGUAGCAAGAUUUCGGGCUGGGGGGUGGGGGGACGGGCAUUAUUAGACUGGUUUGAUCAUUCUAGGGGAAUAGACUUGUAUUUUUUAUGUUUGGGGAUGGGAUGGGGUAUCUUCAGUUGUACAUUAGGUGGGAUAUGAACACACUUUUCCUGGUGAGUAGGACAUGGAAAGGGUAUUGAACUGCGAGGAGAAAGAGCCUCUGUUUCCUGAGGCUUAUACUUUCUGACAAACUCCCAAAGGGCCAAAAGACUGUUUGGUCCCGUGAUAGUUCAGGUUCCAGACUUCUUUCUUUUCUAUUGUAUUUAUAUAUGGAAAGCCAUUAAUGAAUUUAUUUUGCUCUGAGAGAUACACAUGAAGGGGAAAAGACAUGGUUGGGAGGUUGAACAGUGAAAGGCCAUUAAUAACUAAGUAUUUUGUAUGAAAUGUUUAUUAUUAUUUCAGGGGAGGAAAAAGAUAAUUUCAGUCUUACUGGGGGAGGGGGGAAUGUCCAGAUGUUGUUUUUUCCUUUGUUGUUUGGCAUUUUUUCUUUUCCUUUAAAAAAAAAAGAUGUUUUCAGGAAACAUAAAGUGGACUGCCAGUCAGAGUGGGUCUGCCAGGGCGCGGGAGCUUCGCUUCACUGCGUGGUUGAGACAGGAUUCCCUGCUCUGAAUUUCUUGGACUUUUUACCUACUUCACUUAUUCAGAAGCCAUGAGGAGUUGUAAACUCUUGUUCAGGGAAGAAAGAAGAGGCAGGACAAAGUAACCCAAUGCCUUUAAAAACAAAAAAUGACCUUCAUUCUUACCUUUCCAUUGUGGGUUUGGGGAGCCAAACCAAAGUGUGACUGAGCAAGUUCACCGAGAGGCAUGACAAUAUUGAAGAUGUCUUUCCAUUGUGUCUGGUUCUCUCUCGCCAUUUUCUUAAGUCAAGCCUUAACAAUGAACAUACUGGUAACACGAUACGGGUCUGUCAACAUAAACCUGUAAAAGGGCACGGACAGCUUUUCAGAUCAUCCAGGAAUGUGGAAACAUGGUCAAAUUUCACUUCGGCAUCCAUCGUUCCCUUUGAAUGUUAUGGGGAUGGGUAGCAGAAAGGCAGGACUGUGGGAGUGAAGGGCAGAUGAUGCCUGGAAAUACAGAAGGUAACUGGGGGUCCAAGCGGAUGUUGGUUGAGACUGAAGAGAGAAGUGGGCAGAAGACACAGAAGACAGCCAGAUGCCAAAGGCCUGGUGUGCCUGGAAGAGUUAGUGUGUGUCCUGUUGUGGUUUUGUCAUUCUUGCCAUUCCCAUUUCCCUCGCUUCUUCAAAUUCUCAUAAUUAGUUGACCCUCCUACUUGAGACUCCAGUUUACUGACAGUGAGGAAUUGUCUCUUUGUGGGGAAUUUCCUUCCACCAGUUUCAAAGGAAGGAGAAAGUGUUGAUCUUAAAUGAAGCAAGAGGGACCUGGACUAGGAGCAGAGAGAAAGAAGCCACAGCCAGCUCUGUGGGGGAGGAGGGUACAAGUAUAACUGUAGUGUACAGAAAUUACUGUGGCUCAGAUCCACCUAGCAGCAGGGCAGCAGGGAGAAAAGAAUUAACUUUAUACCUGAUCAGGGCAAGGAGUUGGGCACAUGGAUGUGCUCUGGGGAUUGGAGAAAAUUCUGGCUCUACCUUAGCCCAAAUGAAAUCUAUAUACUAAGAAGCAUUUGAGGGUUGUGUCUAAUGGUGGGGGUGGGCUGGUAUUUCUUUUUUAAACUGGAGUACAUGCAUGAGAAAGGGUCUCAGGAAAGCUCAGAGCAGGUGAGUGAGUUACUACAUGGUCUGGGGUGAUGAGUUCGCCGUGCUGUUUUUUGGCAAGUGUGUUCCCCUUGUUUGAUUCAGAUCCCAUGAGUGAUUUGUCUUUCCCUGGGAAAGGGAUUGGGAGAGUGGUCCCUCGCAACUCAGGCUUUGGUCCAGCUGCCUUUGGUUGGUUGUGUGUUUGUCACUUUCUCUGCACCUUGACUUACCUCUAAUGAGAACGCAAGCCCAGGCAGGUGGUGGAGGGAUCCCUGCUUGGCAUUGCCCAAUCUAACCAGGGAGGCUGGCUAGCCACCCUCUGUCCACUGGAGGUGGGCGCCAGUAGGUGUCGGUAUGAUCUCAGGAAUAGAAACACGAGGCCUUUUAAGUAAAAGGGAGAAAAAUCCAUGAUGCAUACCUGUAAACUCCUAGAACCCAAGUGCCAGAAUUCCUAGAUGCUGCUUCUGUUUGAGCAAAAAGUCACUGCUUUUACACUUGAAAAAACACUCGAAAAAAUGUUCAGCUCCAUGAAAAAUGUUUUUUCUCUUUAAGAGAUUGGUGUUUAGUCAUUUCCCUUGAUUGCCAUCCCACCAGUAAAUUUUCACUGCUCACUGGGCUUGAGGGGAGGAUCCUUACACAGAGCCGAACUUGGACUUAACUCAGGAAGUGAAUCUGGAGCUAUAGAGGUCUUUGAUAUUUCCUGGAGUGCAGGGGUUGAAGGUAAUUUCUUCACCCCAUCCCAAUGCUGGAGUUAUAUAAAUUGUGAUGCAGGGAUUUGUGGGUCAGAGCCAGGCCUUCUCUUCCAUGAGCAUCUGAUCAUUGUCCAGCAGGUUGAAGGGGUUUGGGGGCAAAACCGGCCCUUUUUCUCCCCCAGUUUUCCAAAUUUUGCUGUGCCAAAUGUUUAAAACUUUGCAAAUACUAAUCUUGAAAUUUCUUUAAUCAAGAACUUGUUCGUGCAGUUUGUUUUUUAGACUUUAAAAAGUAGUUGAGACCUCUUGGGGGCAUCCAGCCUUGCUGAGCUCACUCUUUUUUUUAAUAAUGCCUAGGAGUGGAAUAAAAACAUUUCACCAAAUCCCUUCAGCCCCUGUUUUCAAGCUGCACUGCAUUAGCCCAACUUGUCAACUAAUACAGAGAAUUACUGCUCCCUGGUCCUACUUGGGCCAAGACACUCUUUGAAGCAUUAAAAAAUAAAGUAUCACUUCUUAUCAAGCGGGUAAGGUCAGUUGGCUGUUUGUCCCUUGUUUUUUAUUUAUUCCAUAAUUAUGUUUGUGCUUUUUGUUUGGUAAGCAGUAACACCAUACAUUUUAAAUUUGUUUAAAAGAAAAAGAACUUUGAUCCAAACUUUUUAAGAACUGUUCCAUUUCUAGUAGUUGUGGGGUGGGGGCAGGGAAGAGAAGUUAUCAGUUAAUUUGUUUUGAAAUAUUUAGGCAUUUGAGUUAUGAAUUGUGAUGCAGGGAUCUGUGAGUGAGACAUUCACAUGUGAAAGAUGACUUCGCUAGUUAUCCGCUUAAGCAGAAUAAAGUGUGUAUAUGUACAUAAAAUGUAAGUAAUCUGAACUCCAUUGUGCAGUGCCUUUUAGAUGUUCCGCUUUCUAUAAAGUCUUCAAAUUUUUGCAUAUAUAUUAUAUAUAUAUGAUGUAAUGUUAUAGAAAUAUAUGUAUAAUAUACAUAUUUUUUCCAGGGGUAUCUGAUAGCUCUGUAUUUUGUUAUGGAAGUUGAAAGAAAAAAGUAUUUUACCUCAGAAAUUAAAGUUAAAUAAAAAAAUACUUUUAAGUAACAUUCACUAAGUGUUGGUUCUGUGGUUGACACGCUGAGCCAGAGUGGUUAUGCCAGAGAACUUGCCAAACCCUACUACUCGCACCAAUCCCACUCUUUACCCAUGUUGCAAGGUAUCAACUGAAGAGGUGGGGGGCAUCUCUCUUAACACUUGGGAAGCUUGUUGG